UAACGGCUGAGGUUGAAUUAUUCUUUUAGAUCUACAGGAAUAAUCCAAUGUCAGCAUAGGAAACUCCCAACAGUUGCAAACUAAACGUUCUGCUAAAACGCGGCCGAUGCUUUUCAUAUUCGACUGUGAUUUGCCAAUUUCUUAAGGCUUAAAUUACCUAUUGUGGACCGACACUUAGGGACACGGCUCGAAUCUGCCGACACUGCGAGUGGGCGAAUCGCGAUGCGUUUCAGAGAACUGCGAGGGGAGAGCACAAUUUUUGCCGGGCAUUCAAUCCGCUCGGGUGCGUCGUUGCUGUGUAACGCGUGUUCGCAUUCUGCCCGCGAUUUCGGCGGAUAAUUUCUUCCGAAGUUCUUUUCGUUCGGUCGUGUUAGAUUGAAACAUGCCGAAAGUGAACACGAUACUUAAUUAUUUCUCGUCUCCGAAAGCUGUCAAGAAACCGGAGCCGAAGACGGAGGAGAGAGAAAACUCGCAGACCCCCAAGAGACAACAAAAGAACAAAGAACGUUUCAAGAAUGGUAGAGGGAAAGAAAAUCAGAAUACUGAUGAGAGAAAGAGAUCGUAUAAGGAAGAUCAGGAUGAUGAAGAGGAUAAAUCCAUAAAGCCUAAAAGGAGGCGCCUUAUUAUUCCUGAUGAUGAUUCUGGCGAGGAUUCUGGAGAUGAUUUCAAGCCAGAUUCUGAAUCCGAAGAAUCUGAAUCAGUUUCUGAAGGAGAUACAGAGCAUGAACCUGACACAGAGACGGAGGAAGAAACUCCAGAGAAAAAAAGGAAAAUAUCCAGUACCGCCAAGUCCAAGCCAGAACGACCUAGUUGUUCGAAAUACAAUAUAAAAACACCAUCAAAGACAAAGAAAGAACCAAAGCAGGUUGCACAGACCCCAAGUCAAGCUGUCAACAAUGGAUCUACCGCUGUCCCUACUUGGCCACACUUGAAAGUUGAGUUUCUACAGCCAGAGAAAAUAAGAGAUGCGCAAAGGAGAACGCCGAAAGAUCCGGAUUACGAUCCUAAGACUGUCUACGUGCCCCAGGACUUCUUACUCAAUCAAACUCCUGCAAUGAGGCAGUGGUGGGAAUUGAAGAGCAAGCAUUUCGACUGUGUGCUCUUCUUCAAAGUGGGCAAAUUCUACGAGCUGUAUCACAUGGAUGCAGUUAUCAGUGUUAACGAGCUUAGCCUCACGUAUAUGCGAGGUGAAUUUGCGCACUCUGGAUUCCCCGAGAUCGGGUACGGUCGCUACUCGGCGAGUCUCAUUGAAAGAGGGUACAAGGUCGCGCGAGUCGAGCAGACGGAGAACCCGGAGAUGAUGACGGCGCGUUGCAGCAAAAUGAGCAAGCCGACGAAGUUCGACAAGGUGGUGAAGCGAGAGAUCUGUCAGGUCAGCACCAGAGGCACGAGAGUGUACACACCAUUGGACGUGGAAGCGUCCACGCCGAAUUCCAACUAUCUGUUGGCCUUGGUGGAGAAAUUAAAUUUCGACUCGACGACCAGCUCCUUCGGCGUGUGCUUCAUCGACACGACGAUAGGCGAGUUCUACCUCGCCCAGUUCGACGACGACCGUAGCAACUCCAGGCUGUUGACCCUGCUGGCUCACCACCCGCCGGUUCAUGUGACAUACGAGCGUGGUAAUCUAUCGCCCAAGACCCUGCAGAUAAUCAACAGUACCUUACCAGCGGCGUUGAAGGAACCGUUGCAGCGCGAAGUACAAUUUUGGUCCGCCACAACCAUCUUGAAAAAACUUCACGAAGAGGACUAUUUCAAGAAAGAGAAUGAUUCCAGCUUUGAAUGGCCGCACGGCUUAAAGCCGUAUCUCAACGAAGGCGACAGUUUGGGUCUAACGCCAGCCGACAGCAAGGAAUUAGCGGUGCACGCAUUGGGAGGAUGCGUGUACCUACUGAAAGAGUAUCUGCUGGAGCAGCGACUAUUGGCGCAAGGUUGCUUCAACACUUACUGCCCGCCGGAUUUCUCAGCCGCGAGCAAUCGCACGGGACUCAAUUACGCAAACACCAUGGUGAUAGAUGCCGUUACGAUCAAAAACUUAAGGAUCUUCGGGGAGGGUUCGCUCAACAGCGUGCUGGACCGUUGCUGCACCGCGUUUGGCAAGAGAUUGCUGCGCGAAUGGAUCUGCCGGCCAUCUUGCCGCAAAGCCGUCAUAUUGGAGCGCCAACAAGCCGUUCAAGAAUUGGUGGAUCGAAUUGACGUGACGCAAUCCGCACGCGCUAUCUUGACUCCUUUGCCGGACCUCGAAAGAUUGUUAAGCAAAAUACACGCCCAGGGCAAUCCCAGAAUGAGAAAUCAUCCCGAUGGCAGAGCCAUCAUGUUCGAGGGCCCGACGUACUCGAAGAGAGUAAUCAUAGACUUCACCAAGAUCCUCGCCGGGUUCGAAGACGUUCUGAAAUUCAUCGAACAGUUCGACGGCUUCAAAAGUAAUCUGGUAACUCGCUGCACUCGAUACGAGCCGGACGGUGAAUUUCCGCGUCUGAGGGAAACCUUGGAUUACUUUAAGACGGCGUUCGAUCACGAGGAAGCCAAGAAGCAAGGCUGCAUCGUUCCCAAGAAAGGAGUGGAUACCGAAUACGAUUCGGUUUUGACCGAACUUGCAGAAAACAAGGAGAAUCUGGACCAAUAUCUGCAGAAGCAGAGGCGUCACUUCGGCGUGAAGAUAACGUUCUACGGAACGGACCGGAAGCGCUAUCAGAUCGAGGUGCCCGAGUCGCAAGUUAAGAAAGUCGGGCCGGGAUACGAACUGCAGUCGCAACGAAAAGGCUUCAAACGCUAUUAUACUGCCGAGGCGAAGGAGCUCUUGGCGCAGCAAAUGAACGCGGAAGAGCACCGGGAUAAAGUGCUGAAGGAUCUCAACAGGCGCAUAUUCGCGCAGUUCAGCGAGAGCUACGACACGUGGCAUAUGGCCGUGCACAAAUUGGCCACCAUGGACGUGCUCAUCUCGCUCGCGGAUUACGCUCGGAACGGCGAUAUGUGCGUUCCAGAGAUACACGAAGGAUCGGACGGCGAGAUCUUCGUCGAGAUCAGAGAAGGAAAGCAUCCCUGCAUCACCUCCGAUAACUUCAUACCCAACGACACCCUACUGGCCACCGGUGACGCAGCCUCUUUCAUGAUCCUAACGGGGCCGAACAUGGGAGGCAAGUCUACCCUCAUGCGCCAAGUGGGCCUCAUCACAAUCAUGGCGCAACUGGGUAGCUACGUUCCGGCCAGCUCGUGCCGCGUGACUCUGGUGGACCGUAUCUUCACGAGACUGGGGGCGAACGACGACAUCCUGGCCGGUCAGAGCACGUUCUUGGUGGAAUUGAGCGAAACCGCGACGAUACUGCAACACGCUACGCCCUAUUCGCUGGUUCUUCUGGACGAGUUGGGACGCGGCACAUCUACUUACGACGGUACAGCGAUAGCGGCUUCGGUGGUCGACGCAUUGACCAAGCUGAAGUGUCGCACAUUAUUCUCGACGCAUUAUCACUCCCUGGUCGAGGAUUACAAGACCAACAAGGAGGUUACGUUGGCCCAUAUGGCAUGUAUGGUAGAAACCGAGGAGGAAGAGGAAGUGUCGCAGGAAACGGUGACAUUUUUGUACAAGCUCAGCGAAGGCGCUUGCCCGAAGUCGUACGGGUUCAAUGCCGCUCGAUUGGCGGGCGUGCCCUCCGUAAUUACAAAGAGAGCACAUGAGAUAGCCAGGAGGAUGGAGCAGGAGACUAAUCAGAAGCACAUCUUCAGCGCUCUCUGCAGAGCCAACACCGCCGCCGAGAUGAGGGAUCUCCUCAUGAAGCUGCGUAAAUGCUCGUUCAGUCGCGUUUGAAGGAACCGCCGACAGCAAAGCGACCGCGCUUCGCCGCCGGAUCUGCGCGAAAUAUUCUCAGGCGAUUUGUUAAUUUAUUUGGGAGCACAGUACAGAAACGGACAUUGUGUUCACACAUACACACACACAUGCAAUCACAUAAACAUACUUGUUCACACGUAUCUGAAUCUGUCUCGCAAAAUAUGGGUUUCGUUUAAAUUGUCGCAUUUAAGUGCCGUUAUAUGUUAUUUAAAAGUUUUAUUUAACAAUAUUCGCGUAAUCAUCCAUUUUAGGAAUCGUUUCAACAUGUACCACGCAUAUCUGUAAAGAGUCGUAAUUAUUUCUGUUUCUAUGCGAAGUCGAUUGUUUCUUUUUUUUUUUAUCAUAAUGUAUUUCACAUUUUAUUUCACGUUAGUGGAAUUUUUUCAUUCAUUGUGUACAAUCAUCGAAUUCGAACUGAUUGCUAUCCGGUGCGUCCGGUGCUCGCGAAUUUCUCUCUGUAAUAUUGUACUGUAUAUUUAAGAAACGUGUCUUCGUGUUUAUAUAUUUAAUUUAACGAUCCGUCGUGUUGAGCAGUUUUAUUUCGCGAAAGAGCAGAAACAGCGAGUCGCACGUUCUGAAGUUCCUGUAGAUUCGGGGUGUCGGUGUGUGGCACGCCGACUGUUGCGUAUAUUUUUUUUUGAUUUCCAACAAAUCACGCAUUGAUACGCUAAAUAUUUUGAUAAUAAAAAAACCAAUAUGCAAAGACAAUAACAAAGAUCACAUAAUCGCUUCUUAGACCCGGUCAUCACCGAACAUCCCAUCGAGAUCUCACCACAGG